GUGGGUUGCAGUUGUGGCUGAGAGACUGGAGGCUCAGGAGGCCAGAGGAAGAUGCUGAACCCAUGGGGACUGUUCCUCUGCCAGCUGGCAAUAAACACAUCUUACCAUGUCAUAAAAGCCAGCCUCUGCCUGGGUGGGUCAGACAUCUUUGCGACGGUGAGCGAGAACCGCCCCGUAGGAGAGUUCAUUGCGAACCUCAGCAUCGUCGGGGACCCUACAGGAGUCAAUAGCAUCCGCUUGUGCCUCACCGGAGAGAACGCCAAUUGGUUCUACCUAGAAGGGAGAACCAUCAGGCUAAACUCAUCCAUUUUCAGAGUCCUGGAUCGAGAGCGCCAGGGAUCUGUUUUGAUGGCAGCAUUAACAUGUUAUGAAGACGACAUAAUACAGAGUGAAUACAGGGUCAUGGUUGAGAUCCUGAACGAAAACGAUAACAAACCAAUGUUCCUUGAGAAGACUAUACAACCGCGUUACAUAAGUGAGCUCACUGCAGUCAACUCUGUAGUCUUCACUGUCAAGGCCAUCGAUGCUGAUGGAGACACCAUCACCUACAUCAUCGACAGAGCCUCGCCUGAUGCCAGCUACUUCAGGAUAGACCUGCCCAACAGUGGUAAAGUAAUCCUGGACAAGCCAUUGGACUAUGAGACCAAAACCAAGCUGCAGCUAGUCAUCUACGCUGUGGAAACCAACACCAAGGAGUGGUACAACACUUCCGCCUCUCUGACUGUGAAUGUGGAGGACAGGGACGACCAUUACCCUCAGUUCCUACCGUGCACACCCAUCUCCCAGGACCACAACCACACGGUUGUCUGCACCAACCCCAUCUACGUGGUCAACAUCACAGAAAAGGACCAGGACAUAUUACUGAAUUUCUCUCCUGGUCCAAUUCAUGCCGAAGAUGGAGACAGAAGCCUUGAUACACCUUUGCUCUACUCCAUUCUCUCAGGUGCUGACAAAAACAGGUUUCAGAUUGACAACCAAACAGCAGAGAUCACAUUGACAAGACGGGUGGAAAACAGACAUCUGACACCUAUACUCCGACUACGCAUCAUGGCAUCUCAGCUGAAUGACCCAAAGAAGUAUAGUGUGGCGACAGCGCUGGUCCGGGUGCUAGCAGAGAACCGGUUCCCUCCCCUCUUUAACAGAACCACGUACAAGGGCUUCAUCAUUGAGAGCUCCAGCCCUGCCACGCUAGUCUCCACCUAUGGGAACGAGGUGCUUCUCAUCCAAGCCAUAGACCAGGACUUUGUAGAUGGGGUGAAUCCAAAAAUGCAUUAUUCUCUCCAGCCCACACUAGCCACCACUGGACUGUACCACAUCACCGAGGAAGGGGUUAUCAUCGCUAAGACUGACCGCCUACGACCCUUUGACAGGCACAUCCUAGAGGUGGUCGCUAUGGAUGAGGAAUCAGGUGAGGUUGCUAAAGCCUCAGUCGACAUAGAGCUGCUACAAAGAAGCCAGCCAAUUCCAUGGACACCUUUCAGAGACAUGGAUGUGAGGAUGGCUGGCGGUAUCAUGGGUGGGAUGCUGCUGCUGUUAGUGACCACCCUGUUCCUGCUGAUCCGAUGGGCCAAGAGGAGGAGGAGACAGAGACAAAACCCGGCCGGACGAGGGGCUGUCGCCCUGGGCAAACACCUCAAAGUGGUGAACUCGGGCCGGCCCAUGAUCCCCCUGGUCGAGGAGGUCUCCUACCAGAACGAAGGGUUCAGCAUAGACUAUGAGGCCUCGGGAGGUUCCGGAAGCCUCCUUGGGAGACAUGGGGUCUACACCAGGAAACAGUCGCUGAUCCCGCCACCGCCACGCUGCCACAGCAGCCAUCCAGACUGCGGUUCCAGUACCGUAACAGGCGACAUGCUACCUAUACUGGUGAUGCCAGAGCCCCUGGUUAAAGACCUCACUCCCUCCCUCAUCUCUAAUGGCAGGAAAGGUGACAGCACCAUCAGCACAGGGGCUGUGACAAAAGACGAGACGGAGAGGAAUAAACAGAGGGAUAUGGAGAAAGAGGAGGAGAGGGAAUGGGAGAAGCAGUGGGAACACGCUGUUGGCACAAAAGAGAAGAGAAAUUCUGAGGGGGAAAGGACGGAUAUGUCGAGAGAUGUUUUGGGUGCUUCUAGUGAGACCGCAGAUGUAAGCGAGGCCCCUGAGGACCAAACAAACCCAGAAAAGCCUCAGAGCCAGAGGAUGAAAACACACCAAGUCAGAGAACCCAAAGACGGGCACAAAAGCACUUCUGAAGAGUCGUCUGAGGCAGAAAAAUCAAUAUUAGACUAUGCACUCUGAUCGGUCUUUCAGACGAUUAUGACACAGCCUCGGAGGACGACCAGGUCCCGUUACUCCAGUAUCAGGACGUCAAGGGGGGAAAUGCAGCGCAAGGGCUCAGCGAAACAAACCAGCGAUCAAGCAAACAGAUGACCAAGUAACCCACAUAUGCACCAUUCAGACUCACACUCUGGGCUUCAGACUCACAUUGAAGAUACAAAAUAACUAACGAUUUAUUUAAAAAUAAAACUGACAUUAUGGAGCCAAACGAACUCUGUACACAGACAAAUGUAUAUAAAUAGUUUUUUCUCUCUCCAAUUCCAUAUGAUUAUGUUGGGCCUAAAUGAGCUCAAUGACUUUUCAGGUCUUGAUUAAGUAAAUGGACGUAUGUAAAUCUGAGAACAAAAACAUGUGUUUUCUGAAAAGCUGUGUGGGACCAGCCGUGAUGCGAAUGAAGCCAUUCUGUAUUGCUUUCAUUUGCAGUGUUAAAGGACUAGUAUUUCAGGAAUUAAAGUCAAAAUCUAAGCGCAUGCAAUGUAACUACAGUGUUGGGGAAGCUACUCUGAAAAUAUAGUUUACCCAAGCCAUCAAUUACUUCACACUGGAAGAAGUUAAGCUACACUAAAGUUACCCUUAUGAAAAAUGUUGUUACUUAGCUAAAGUUAAUUUGAAAAAGUAGUUCACUACAUCCAAACUACUUAGGUAAAAAUGAUCAUAUCUAAAUCUGAAAUGUCAUAGACUACAUGUUUGACGGUGGCGAUGGUGUUCUUGGGGUCAUAGGCAGCAUUUUUCCUCCUCCAAACACGGCGAGUUGAGUUGAUGCCAAAGACCUCCAUUUUGGUCUUAUCUGACCACAACACUUUCACCCAGUUGUCCUCUGAAUCAUUCAGAUG